AUGCCUUCAGUAACAGACUACAAAGCAUACCACAUUCUGAGCUAUGGCUCUUUCCUUGGAGUGACGCUCUUCCAAUCCUUCAUUGGUGGCGUAGUCGCCUUCAAAGUCCUUCCUCGACCUCAAUUCUCUACUCUUCAGAAGGCUACCUUCCCCAUCUUCUUCGCCCUUCAAUCUGUACUCGGUCUGGCUCUCAUGGUUACCUAUCCUGGCGAGAAGUUGCUCGGAGUAGGCAACCAAUACGUUAGAGAGAAUGUCGGCUUCAGUGGCCUCUUAGCGGAUAGCAACAGAUGGCCUGUGUUCGUACCGCUCGCGACCAUCUUUGUUACCAGCGUUCUCAACUCUCUUAUCAUCGGACCUGCUACAACCAAGACCAUGAAGGAGCGUCACCACCAAGAAACUCGCGAUGGCAAGAAGUAUUCUGAUGCAGGCCCGCACUCCAAAGCUAUGGAGCAGCUGAACAAGACUUUUGGCAUGCUGCACGGUGUUUCGACAAUCAUCAAUUUGACUGCAUUCGGAUGUGCCAUCUGGUACGGCUUUGUCUUGGGGGAGAGAUUGUAA